UUGGAAAGCAAAGUAGAAUUCAGAUAAACUUUGCCAUCUAUACAAGUUUCUCUUAACAUUUAGUGUGUGGUUUUGUUUAAGUAACAAUAAAAAUUCUUGUCAAAUUCUAUUUUCUAUUAAAUGAUUUCUUUAAAUAUUUGAAUAUAAUUUAAAUAAAAAAGUAUUAUUGCUAUUGUAUAAUACAUAUAUUCCGCAAAAUGUUUGUGGGUCGCGGAAGAUACGCGUCAGCAAAGUCACAAAAACAAGUAAUGCCUCACAAUGAGUUUAUAGAUCGCAUACGUAAAUCGCUUUAUUUUGGUGUCGAUACCGCGGAUACAGAAAUGACACUUUCCCGCCCUAUGGCGGAAUACGCUUCAGAACUGUUUUCGGAGCCGUAUAAGGGGCACUCAUUAAAUCGACUAAGUAGUGCGGCAACUCCAAACGUAAAUGUAUCUCCUUGUUCGUUAAUAAUGGCACUUAUUUAUUUGGAAAGACUAAACUUAUGUGAUCCAUUGUACGUACGCCGCAUAUCACCACAAGAACUGUUUAUCGUAUCUAUGAUGAUAUCAACAAAAUUUUAUGCUGGGCUUGAUGAAGAAGUUUAUUUAUGCGAUUGGGCUUAUAACAACCGUAUUAAGAAGAGUAAACUAAAGUUACUAGAGUUAGAAUUUUUAGAUGCAAUUGAUUGGAAUAUUUACAUAUCGAACGAACAGUUCUUUAAUAAACUUGAAGCUGUUGAAAAAAGCAUAGCCGAAAAAGAAGGGCUGCACCGCGGUUGGUUAACAUAUACGGAGCUUGAGCAGUUGAUACCUUCGUUUACCUUAGCAAAAUUUUUACUAAAAAAUUUAACAUUAAUUGCUUUAAGUUACGCGGCUAGUAUGAUUACUAUUGCCGGUGCUUUCUUUUUGGUCAGUCAAAUACCAUGCAAUUCAAUGCAACGCUUACAAAAAUGUGCUCCAACUACAAUCAGAGAGAGGUCGAAUACCUUAUUGGUCGAAAAAGACAUAGUAAAUACAACAAAUGAAGUAUGGGAAGAUAUCAAUACAGAAUGUUGUGCCUUAAAUGCUGUAGAAGAACUUCUUAAACUGGAGUUGCAAUAUCUUAAAGAAGAGAUAAUAGAAAAUUUGCGUACACGUCACAAUGAAAUUGGAACAUACACCCGCUUAACAUUGCCAAAUGCGUCUGUAGAAAAAUUCGAUGGUAAAAAUGGUUUACAAAAUCAUUUGGGUCACGAUGUUCAACAUAGUAAUUGGUUUAUAUUGAAAGAAGCAUACACAGAUGCUAGUGCCAAGUUAUCGUUAUAUCAAUCAACGGACAAUCAUUCUGAAAAUGAGAUAGGACAUAUGUACAAUUUUGAAAAUAACUUUCAGCUCAAUGUUACUGGGACUAAAAUUCCUUUUUCACUUGUACGUUGCACCUUAUCUUGGUUAAAAUUAAUAUAAUACAUGUUGUAUUUGAAGAGAUGUUAAAAUUCUAAAAUACCUGAUUUUCAAAAUCAACAAUUUAACUUUAUACAAAAAUAUAUUUUUAAAUAUAAUUAGAAACGAUAAAAAUUAUUAAAUAUUAUUUU